AUGAUCGGUGCCUCACUCCUCCUGUGCCUCGGCGCCAGCCUUGCCCGGGCUGCGCUGCAGACCGGCGUGUGUGAGAAUGCACGCUUCGAGAACAAGACGCGCAUCUUCGUCAUGACCGACAUCUCCAACGAGCCCGACGACCAGAUGAGCCUGGUGCGCCUGCUGGCACACGCCAACGAGCUGGAAAUCGUCAACAUCGCCGGCGUCACCUCCACCUGGAAGAACGACUCGGUCGACACUCCCUCCAUCUUCGGCGUCAUCGACGGCUACGGCCAAGUCAUUGACAACCUCAACGCCAACGUCCCAGAAGCCGGUGUCUACCCCCCUGCCGACGACCUCAGCGCCAAGGUUGUUGUCGGCCACCCCGUCUACGGUCUCGCCGCCCUCAACCAGUCCACCCCCAGCAACGCUUCGACUGCCCUGAUCGCCGGCGUCGACGCCUCCGACGACCCGCUCUGGGUCCUCGCCUGGGGCGGUGCCAACGUCCUCGCCGAGGCCUUGAACCAGGUGAAGCAGGAGCGCAGUGACGACGAAGUCGCCGACUUCGUGCGCAAGCUGCGCGUCUACUCCAUCUCCGACCAAGACAACGCCGGCCCGUGGAUCCGCUGGAACUUCCCCACACUCUUCUACAUCGUCUCCAUCCACGGCUUCAGCGAGUACUCCAUCCCCACCUGGAUCGGCAUCUCCGGCGAAGUCCUCCGCCCCUUCGACAAGGGCGGCCCCGACACCUCCCUCGUCACCAACGAAUGGCUGCAGACCAACAUCCGCAUCGGCCCGCUCGGCUCGCACUACCUCAACUGGUCGUACAUCAUGGAGGGCGACACGCCGUCCUUCCUCGGCCUGCUCCCCAACGGGCUCAACGCGCCCGAGCACCCGGAAUGGGGCGGCUGGGGCGGCCGCUACAUCGCCGCCGACGCCUCGGGCGAGACGGCCGCGUACAGCGACGCCGCCGACUUCGCCGUCGGCAAGAACAACGACACCUUCUUCUCCAAGUACGCCUCCAUCUGGCGCUGGCGCGAGGCCUUCCAGUUCGACUUCGCCGCCCGCAUGCAGUGGAGCGUGAGCGCCGAUCCCGCCGCCGCGAAUCACCAUCCCGUCGCCGUCGUGAACGGGUCGUGUGCCGGCGCUCCGAUGGAGGUCGAGUACCGCCUCGGCGAGUCGGUCGUGCUGGAUGCGAGCAGCGGGUCGUGGGAUCCCGAUGGAGAUGCGCUGACGUUUAGCUGGUGGCAUUACCGCGAGUCGUCGAUGCGGUUGGAGGGCGACAUUCCCCGCGUCUCGCCGAAUGUGACCAUCACGCCGCUGGAUGAGAGUGGUGGCCUUGUCGAGGUUACCCCGCUGGAUAACUUGACGAUCCAUGUCAUUCUGGAUGUCAAGGAUGCGCGUCCGAUGAACCUGACGGCGUACAGGCGGGUUAUUCUUAAGCCUACUGCUUGA